UAUAAAAGCCAUAUUGACAAAAUAAACAUCCUGGAUCCGGUGUAGCAGUUUAACCGUGAAGCACAUCCGACCGUCCAAUUAACCUCGAGCAAAAACAACACCCAUCGUCGUCUGCCGUUGGAUUCCACAAACAGAAGCUGAAUCCUCCGCCGUGAACGGGGAUUUUCUUUCUGCAGAUUAGAUUAGGGUUGGUCAAAUUCCAAAUCGAAUUUCUGCCGGACUCAUAAUCUCCGGUCAGUUUCCGAUGCUGGCGAAAGGAAGAAAAGCUUCAGGGCGAGGAGAGGCCGUGGCGGCGAACUACGCGUUCGGGCCGCUCGAAGACGACUUCAUCAUCAAACACAGACUUCUCACUCGGACCACAACCACGAGAGGCGAACCGCCGUUGAAGAAGCUCCAGAAGAAGUUCACGUCCCUGUUCGUCGAGCUCGACAAGAACGAAGACAACUUCGCCGACUGCGACAAGCUCGCCAAAGCUUUCCUCCAGGAGCUCAACGCGUUCGAGAUUCCGCUCCUCAAGAGCAAGGCCGUUGUCGAUGCGAAUCUCCGGGAGAAGCACAACUUCGACGAGCUGAGGGAGGAGAUUAACCGGCAGAAUGUGCUGGCGAAGGCCGACAUUGAGACGCUCAAGGAGCAGCUCGAGGAGAGUAAGGUCGAAAGAAGGCACAAGGAGGAGUGUGAGGUGAUCAGGAAAUUGAUUGCUACGCACCCGCCGCGGUCUGAGACGCUCAAGAUCAUAUCAGAGUUGGCGAAAGAGAUUGCGGCAUUGGAUGCGGAGAACACCGCGAGUUCGCGGACGCUGGAGCUGAGGAAGAAGCAGUUUGCUCUGCUCCUGCACGUGGUAUGUGAAAAGUGGUGUAAUUUCCGGGUGUAUUUUGCUCUGCUAAUGGAGGAGAAAGAGCAGAAAAAUGGAAUGGGAGAUGCGGCUGGGGGCUCGGAACCCAUGCAUGUUGAUUAGAAUGCAAUGCAUCUCUCGGUUUCUAAGUUGUAAGAUUGAGUGUUUUGUAAAAGAGUAUUGGCGUAUUGCUCUGUAGUUGCAGGAUGCUAGCAAUUUACGAAAUUCUUAGUGUUGUACGAUUCUCUUUGCAUAUAUGAAUUACCAAGUUUACUUGA